UCAUAGCAACUUCAAGAGACAUUUAUAAUGUUCGUAGAAAGCUUUAUGAUGAAUAUCAACAAGAACGAAUGUCUAUUCAAGCGCUUUUGGAUAAUCUUAAGAAAGGCUUAUUCAAAUAUGAUUAUAAUU